CGAGGGAAGAGGUGUCUCAUAUUUUUUAACGCAAUGGAAAACUCCGGUUCGCCAUCAAUGGUUCGACUGUUGGCUAUAAACGUCAUUCUAUUUCUGGUCAAUGCACAAGAAAACGUCCAUCCUGAUGUGAUAGCCGUCGUUGAAGUUAAAGUAGGUGUAAGCCCACGACCACGGUGGGCCAGCAGCUAUUCGGAGGGUGAUAGCUGCUACUGUCUACCUUCGGAUAGCAACAUGGACAACUUUGUUGUCGAAACGACAAGGGGAUGGAUGACAACAACGGAGGUUUGUGACCUGGUUGGACCCGGACCUGGAAGACGCGGACGACCCGUAUAUAAUGAUAUUCAAUGCGGCAACGGUCCUGCCAGUACGGAGAAAAACGAAUUGCUUUGUCCUGGACGAAUUGAUAUCGGAGAAAGCGGCUGUGGGCACACUGGACCAAAAUGGAACCUUGAAGCUGCCGAAGGUGCCAACGCUUCUCCACCAAUGACUCUACCGCGGUCUAGAGAUACGCAUCCCGAUAUUGUAACCAUUGUCAACGUUGUGGGUGGCGUAAUCCCGGGGGGAAAAUCCUGGGCUGACAGCUAUUCUGCCAAUGGCCGGUGCUAUUGUGCUUCGUCCUUCGAUCACAAAUUCGCGAAUCACAUCUUAGAAACACCGCUAGGAUGGCUACCAAUCCGUCGGAUUUGCGAGUUAAUAGGACCGGGCCCUAGAAUUGCUGGAAAUCCUGUUUACAAUGACGUACAGUGCGGAAAUGGACCGCCGAAAGCCGUUCAACAUGAGCAUGCGUGCCCAGGAAGAACGGAUAUUGGACCGGAAGGAUGUGGUCAGAUUGGUCCCCGUUGGAAUUUUGACACCAUCGGGUCUAUAACACAGAUUCUAGCUGCAACGGCGGCUCCAAGCUCUCCCCAACAAAAGGUCCAUUUGGUUCCUGAAACCCAAUCAUCUGCAAUUGGUCAGGAAACCAGUGACCCCCCAAGUAAAUCACCGAGAAACCGAGGGAAGAGAAACGGGGUUACGAUAACGACACCCAACAGAAUCAUGAACAGGGCACCAAAUAGGUCCAGGACAAAGAACAUGAACACGGCACCCAGCAAUGGAGACAAUGUAGCGCCGCCCACCAAUUCGGGCGGAGAAGCAAAUUCUCCAUCGUCAACCCCUACGCGAACUGUAGAAAGUCAAGUUCCGGCUUCCACACUUCCCAACGAAAGUCCGUCUGCUAGCCCUCAAUUAAGUCCCCCGGGAGACUCGUCAAACGGCCUGAUGAGUAGUGUACCAAUUGGUGCUCCAACUGUUGCCGUGCCUAUAUUUGAUGUUCCCCAAUUCUCUCGCAGCGAUGUUCCAAGUGACAUCCCGAGUGACCUCCCCAGCUUUUUUCCUAGCACCACGCCCAGUGAUAUCCCCAGCGACGUUCCUAGCGAUGUUCCUAGUGACGUUCCCAGCGAUGUUCCUAGCGACGUUCCUAGCAGUGUUCCUAGUGACGUUCCUAGCAGUGUUCCCAGCGGUAUGCCGACCAUUAUGACAGCGGCUCCCGUCGCCGAAAGCGAAUUCCCGAUAUCACUGUCCACGUCGCUCCGGCGCCGCAGAUUUGAUGGCGUGACGAUCCUGAAAUUUGGCGGCUUGGCAUAUUCCCUUAGAUUCUUCUUUUAGCGCUAACUUACUACUGCCAAUCCUUACCAUCCCGGUCUUCUGCUGAGUCUUCUCGAUAGUGGCAAUGGUACAUGUAUCUGAAUCGGAGACAACCUUGCCUCUAUUCCCUGAGGAGAAGCAGGAUCGGCGGUACUGAGUAUAGCUAUGCACGUUGUUUCUAGCU